AUGGAUGAGGUAUUCAUCCUUGUUACUGGCACAAACAGUGGCCUUGGUUUAUCUAUCUGCCGUCGAUUGAUUGACGAAUUUCUAUCCCAACGUCCAAGAAACCAAUCGUUAAACCUCAUAUUUACUACGAGAAGCACGAGGAAGAGCAAUGAGACUUUGGCUCAAUUGCAGAGUCAUCUUCAAUCUAAAAAUGUCUUAAAAGAUGAUCUCGAUAGAGUGACGCUGAAGCCAGAGCAUGUCGAUCUUUGCGACUUGCUAUCUGUCCGUGCGCUUUCACAACGGCUUCUGACUUCAAUACCGAAGCUCGAUAUACUUAUACUGAAUGCUGGAAUUGCCGGUUUCACAGGCAUAAAUUGGCCGCGCGCCAUAUUUCUUGUCAUGACCGAUUUGAUCCAUUCGGUGACAUGGCCGGCGGGAUACUGCCUAACAAGCAUGGGGAACUUGAUCAAAAAACAAACAUCCUUUCCCGAUGAACCUGAAUUAGGGGAGGUGUUUUGUGCCAAUGUUUUUGGCCACUAUAUGCUAACUCACAAUCUCAUGCCUUUACUUGAGAAAUGCAAUGCCCCUGGCCGAGUCAUCUGGACUUCAAGCCUGGAAGCGACCAGAAACGCAUUUGAUAUCUCUGAUAUUCAGGCGCUCAAGACCCCUCACGCCUAUGAAUCUGUCAAGUACCUCACAGAUGUCUUAGUGCUGACAUCACCACUAUCAAGCACCUCUCCCUGGGUAGAUACAUUCUCCUCUUCACGCAAACGUAGCACUAGGAAUAGUGCCAUCAACUCCAUCAAACCAAAUAUGUACAUUGCCCACCCUGGAAUCUGCGCGACCUCCAUAAUGCCCCUCCUCCUCCCUCUCUACUAUGCUAUGAUGGCCGCAUUUCUAUUUGCCCGAUUUCUCGGUUCUCCAUGGCACGUUAUCUCGUCCUACCGGGGCGCCAUCGCCUCCGUCUGGCUGUCACUCUCACCGCAAUCAACCAUCGAUGCCGCGGAGGCCGCCUACGCGGCGCUCGGUGGCGGAAGAGUUAAAUGGGGCUCGGCGUGUGAUCGAUCAGGAAGAGAGAAAGUGGUAUGCACAGAGGUGGAAGGCUGGGGGUUUGGCGGUGUGGUGGGAGCACCGCAGCUGGAUGGUGAUCGGACGCGAAUGAGGAAGCGGGGUGCGGUGGACUUGACUGCUGAGGAGAAGAUUGAGUUUGAAGAGCUGGGGAGGAAGUGCUGGAAGGAAAUGGAGGAGCUACGCGUGGAAUGGGAUGCGAUAUUGGAUAGAGCGGAGGAGGAAGAGCGUCGUCCGAAAUCAUAA